AAAAGAUCGUCAAUUAUUCUCAUUGUAGAGAAUAAAAUAAACACUAUUUUCUUAUCACAUUUGAAAGUCAAAUUAUGAUUUGCUUUAGUUUGUCAAAAUUAAGUGAAAAUUAAUUUUAAGCCAAUUCUUCUGCUCUUUAUCGACAAAUCUUCUACUUUUGCAUAUUUUAACACUUGAUUUUAUUGUGUAAAAGUUACGCACAGAGUGAAAAACUGCAACACAAAAUCCCAGAAGUCAUUUCAGGUGGUAAUUACCAAAACUCCCGAUAAAUUGAGUCAAUUUCUGCGCUUAAAUUCUUUUUCAGACGAUUUUUUAUCACGUUUUCUUCCAUAUUUUCUAUAAAGAAUGUGAAUAAACUUAUUUUUUAGAUAAGAAUUUUAUGAUUUUUCAAAAUGCACGACUUUUCAAGUCAUUCUUUCUUCAAAUAUGUGCUUUUUUUGCAAUUAGUUUAAUCACGGAAUUCGUCUAGAUCAGUCUUAAAAUUAAGAGACAAUGAAGUUCUGUGGUUUUUUGGCAGUGAUUUUGGUCACUGUGGCAUUUCCUGUGCUUUCAAUGGUAAAAAUAUAUCUCUCCUGUGGAAUUUGUGAUCCUUAUGAUACCCUUUUGCUCUCUGCAGGACUAUUUUCCUGACUAUAAUGACUUUCCCAUGAUUGAGAGCAGAAUUAUUAAUGGUUUAAAUGCGACUGAAGGUCAAUUCUGCUACUAUGUCGAAGUGAUUCAACUUCUACAGAAUGCGAAUCGGCAAUACUGCGGCGGAAGCCUGAUCAGGGCAGAUUUUGUGCUCACCGCCGCACACUGUUGCUACCCUCCCUCGAAUGCCACGCAGAUCUUCAGUUAUCGCGUCAAUGCUGGAUCAAUAAUAACACGACAGGCGCAGCAGAGCAGAACUGUUGAGGAGUCUCAAGUGACUGUUCAUCCAGAGUUCAGUAGAACCACUCUGAACAAUGACAUUGCUCUCAUCAAAGUCCCAGUCUUCACUUUCAACCGCCUCGUUUGCCAGAUCAAUCUCGUGCCGUCUUCGUGGCGCUAUGAAUCCUACGUGGGCAGAAAUAUCACAGCCUUGGGUCUCGGAUACAUCUCAAAUGCUGGAGAAGAAGCCGAUAACUUACGCUGGACAGACGAACUAACGAUAAUCCCAAUGAACAAUUGCACGCCUUUCUACACCGUAACAUUGCCUUCCAACAUAUUCUGUGCUGUGGAUCUGGGCGACGUCCCGGAUAGCGCCACCUGCUCAGGUGAUUCCGGAGGGCCGGUGAUUGUAUAUGCCAAUGACAAUCUCAAUCGGCCGAUCCAAAUUGGACUGGUGAGCUUCGGUCGGAGUGACGGAUGCGACACUGGACCUCAAGGAUUCGUUGACAUCGCCAAAUACCGUGCUUGGAUAUCAGAAACAACGAUUCCGAUCGGGGAUAUUGUCAAUACGCUGCUUGACUCUGUAGAUAAUCUGCUUGGAGGACUUCUUUAAAAUUCCCAGGCAUUUGCCUCCAUCUAAUAAAGACCUUUGCUGAGCAUGAAAGUAAAUCUUCCAGUUCUUGCGCAUCUUUUAUCGAUGAUUCUUCAUUUGUUCUAGUGAAUCUACAGGCGAACUGGCAUUAGAAUUUAGUAUCCUUGCCCAAAUAAAGGCUUUACACACACUAGAAAACUGACAGAAAUGCAAAAUUUCUGCAAAAAUUGAAAUAAUGGUGGAAGAUUGUGAACAAAUCUAUUGCAACUGUGUAAGGAAAGUAAGUUUAACUCAAAAUAAG